UGAAGUGAUAAUCAGCAGAAAUGGUCGGAACACGAGAAACAAUGUUAACAUUCCUAGUGCAAUUCAAGACUAAUAAACUGACAUGAUCUACAGAGGUUGCAAACUCCAAGAUUUUCCACUAAAUUUAAACUUACCGCCUGACCACCGGUAACAUUUAAACUAAAGUUUGUCGGUGAACGUGAAAAAGUUGAUACCUGUGGUUCAAACUUACCCUCAAACUUCACUUAGCACAAUAGCGUGAACAAAGUUACCGUAUUAAAUUGUUUAUUUUUCAACGAUAAUCUAAUUCUAUGGAAUUUAUUAAAAUUUAGUAUUCAAUCUCAAAAUAAAAAACUCCUAUUUUUUUUACGCUAUGUCUCAGAUAGAGAAACCAAUUAAAAUAUCUAAGCAAUUAAGAUUACGUGUCCAGGAAUUCCUUAUGUGCAGGAAUGAACCUGAUAAAUUACAAGAAAUUGUUCACUAUUUUGAUAAUGGGGCGGAUCAACUUUCAUGUUUGCUAUCAUUAGAGUUGAUAUUUACAAAUAUGCUUAAAGAUAGGGAUAUGUUUAUAGAGAUAAUUCCGCUUAAACCGGUAGAAAAUACGCCCGAAAAUCAAUAUAAACAGUGGUUGAAAUUUAUGUAUGGAGAAAUAUAUGCGAAAAUUUUGAGCACAAUGGAAAAUGGCUCUCAUAAAUUACAGACACAAGGUUUAUCAACUGCUAUGAAUUUACUUUCAUAUGAAGGCAAAUACCCUUUAGAAACCAAAGAAUUUCUCGACAAUUACGUACCACUUAGCAAACUGAAAUCCAUUCUUAUGAAGUUACUUUCAAAUAAGCAAAAUAAUCACCAUUUGAUUAAUAAAUACACCGAAUAUUUGUUGUUUGAUGACAUAUUAUUCUUCACAUGGAAAAUUUUACCUUCUCUAACUGCAAAGUCCAAUCCAAAUGAAAUAUAUAUUUUAAAUUAUUUAUCAUUACUUGAAAAAUUACAAGUGCAUCAAAAUGUUGAAACAAAAAUUCUUUGCGGAGAAGAAAAUGCAAAUUUUUUCACAUUUGAUGAAACAGUAACAGUGAAAUGUUUAAAUAAAAUAUGGCAUUGUGUUAUGCAUUGGGAACAUACUAUUCAGACUCACAAGCAAAUGUUGAUUUUACUAUUAGAAAAAAUAAUGACGCACCUAGAAAAACCUCUAUUACUCACCGACUUUCUGAUGGAUUCUUUAGACGUUGGCGGACCUAUUAGCCUCCUUGCUCUCCAAGGCAUAUUUACAAUGAUUCAGGUACACAAUUUGGACUAUCCUAAUAUAUUUACAAAAUUGUAUUCAAUGUUCGAACCAGAAAUUUUUCAUACCAAGUAUAAAGCUAGACUGUUCUAUUUAUCAGAUUUGUUUUUGAGUUCUACUCAUCUACCAGAGAAUUUAGUUGCCGCUUUUGCUAAAAGAAUGGCAAGAUUAGCGUUGAUAGCGCCUUCGGAGGAUAUUAUUAUAAUUUGUCAUUUCAUUGGGAAUCUCAUCCUUAGACACCCAGGUAUGAAAUGUUUAUUAAACAAUGUAGAACAUGAUACAGCAAAUACGGAUCCCUACAUAAUGGAAGAAAGAGAUCCAACCAAAUCCAACGCUAUCAAUAGUUCGUUAUGGGAAAUUAAAACAUUACAAAACCAUGUAUUGCCAAGUGUUUCUACAGCUGCCAAAUUCAUCAAUACCCCUCUACCAUCGGUCGAAUGGGAUCUAAGUAAAGUUUUGGAUAAAACUGGGGAUGAUAUGUUCGAUAAGGAAGUGAAAAAGUUCAGUAAAUUGAUAGUUUUACAAUUCGAGAAGCCAAACGGUGCUUCUAUAGGAAGAGGAGAGCGUAUCUUACAAUUUUGGGAAUUGUAAUAAAGUAGCGAUUCAUUUUCUUUUAAUUUACUUUAAUUUUUGCAAUGUUAUAAACCGAUAGAUACAAAUUAUAUUGUCACUUUCUAUAAUCUGUUCAAAUAGUUAAAAUAUUUUAUUUCUGUAUGUUUGUAAGUAUCGGCAAUGUUUCAAGAACACUUUGUAUGUGAAAUAUUAUGAAAUUGAUAAUAUAAUAAGAAAAAAAUCCACAUGCAAUAUCAUUAUCUCACAAUUAAUUAUUUUAUAUAAUAUUGUAGAUUAAAGUGUUCAAUACAGGGUGUUAUAAUUUAUACUAAAGGUUUCUUUAUCUGUUGACUAGAUAUAUUUUGUUAAACAUCUUGUAUAACACUCGUAGUUUUGUAUUUUGAUGUAUGUUGUUAUUUAAUUGAAAAAUGUUUUCUAUUACGAAAAGAAAAUAUUUGAACAUUGCAAAUUUUAAUUUAUUUAUUUGUAAUAUAUUUAAUGGUCCGAAAAACAUUGUUUAUAGUACAUUCCAGUUUUUAAAUAUUUUGCAUCACACAUUUUGUAGAUAAUUUUGUUUUGUUUUAAUUUUUCCAACAAUUAAAUGUACAGGGUAUACCACGAUGAGUUAACGAAAAGUAUUUUCGUUUGAAAUAUUUUUAGUUAGCUACGAUUUUUAAUUAUACAAAAUUCCAACAUUUUUUUUAUUAUUUUUCAUCAUAUUUUCAUAAUAUACAAUAAAUUUCAAUGCAACUAAAGUAAAUGUACUGAUAGUGGGAUGCUUCAGUCUUCAAAUGAACUUACCAACUUUGUUAUCACUUUAUUUAAAAAUUUCAAAACGUUAUUAUAAUAAUAAAAAAUUGAUUUUUAUAAAUAUAAAACUAAAAACACAUUUAUCCAUGAAAAAUUGAAAAUAUUGUUAUGUUACAAUUUUUCAACAACGGGAAGUCUUUUAUUGAAGAUGUAUGUUAUCCUCCUCUCCUGCUAAUCCUCUACAUGAGCAUUGGAGACCACACUUUGGAUUUGACUAAAAGGCACGAUGAACUCUUUUUCACUCUCUCCUGACUCGUACACGUCAUCUGAUGCUUCUAAAUACUCAAUUUCUUCAGUUGAUGUUUUUAAAUCCUUCUUUUCUCAUUUUCCUGCUUCUCCUGCUCUAUUCUCUCCUUUUUUCUACAAUAUUCUAUUACUUGAGGUGAAAUGUUCACUUGGUCUUAUAUUGAGUUUUAUUAUUAUUUAUUGGAUCAUCUGUAGAUGUUGAUGGUAUUGGAUCAUCCGUAGAUGUUGAUGGUAUUGGAGCAUCUGUAGAUGUUGAUGAUAUUGGAUCCUCUGUAGAUGUUAAUGGUACGAAAUCAUUUGUAAUUUUGGGGUAUAAUGCCACAAGCUCAAUUCCUUUCGAGAAAGAAGAUAACUGGUCUCUCAAUUUUGUUCUCUGUGAGCCAAGGAUCAAAAUAGUUAGCCAUAUAUUCAAAAAAAGUUUCCUGGGUCAUCUACCCGUUUUCGGAAUGACCCAUCGCCAAGUUGCUGCAUUGAAAGGGGAAUUCUACUGUAUCUAAAAACUAUCAUUGGAGACGCUAUUGCUCCAGCAGCAUUACCUGUUAAUAACACUGUUAGUUAUAAUUUCUCAUCUGCCUCAAUGCCUGUAUAUACAGUUUUUGAACCCAACAGGCUUAGGGUUAAUGAAGUAGUCUCAAACAAUUUGAAACCAACAGUACAUGUCUCUUUUCGGUAACUAAGCCUCAUGUCGAAGUCAGAUUUUGGCUUGUUUGGGAUAGUGUUUUAGGAAACCCUCAUACCAAUUCCUCCCAGGUACAAAAGUUACUAGUCAUUAGGGUUUUCUUGAAGGGUUUCUUCUGGAAAUCCCUUUUUGGGUUUUGUGGAGGGAAGUCCUCGAAAAUCCAAACUGUGGAUCUCAAACUUACCCCUUCAUUAACUGCAUUUAUCGGUUGGGAAAGGUUGAAACAAAUUCCUUCCAUCUAUCCAUCCAUUGUUUAGUUAUUGAGGCAAAUUGUGAUAUUUUUGUUGUGAACAAACAGAAAAUUUGCAAAAAAAUUGAAUAAUUGAAAAUUUUUAGGAGUAGGAUGUUCCGAAUCGAGUGACUGUAAAAACAGGAUGUAUCUUAAUUAGAAAGUUGGAAAGUAAUAAUUAUAUUGUGAAUUUUUGACAAAUUAUCGUAUACACAAAUUUUAAUUGAGCCAACUCAUCGUAAUACACCUUGUACGGUGGCGAACAAAUUUAGAAAUGUUUAACAAAGUUGUGUCUGUAAAAAAUUUCAUUUCUGAUUUGAUUUAAUCCGGUGCAAAGUUUCUGUGUGGGGGAGAACUGGGAAAAUUCAUAACAUUUGAGAAAAAUGUGAUAAAAAGUGUAUUAAAUAGACUGCUACUUCUAUUUCUAAUGAAACUAUUAUAGAUGUCAUUACAUUUCAAUUAAAACUGGAAUUGGUAAUAUUAUUCUGACGCUAGUUAACAAAUUUAUUCUAUUUUUUCUUUCGUAGUUUCUUUUCUAACUGAUUUGUUGUUGUAUUUAUUAUUAAUUUUCUUCUGCAUACUUCAUAUUUAAAAUAUUUUUAGUAUAAAGGGUCUAUUUUUCUUCUAUGUAUCUUAUUUUUUGCAUUUCAUGAUAUUCAAUCUUCUUCUCCAACUGUUAUACAAUUAUUCUUCGGUCUCCAUACCUACCUACCUUAAACAUUGUGAUCUUACUACUUUUGCUUGUGAAUGGCUGUCGUUGCAAGACCUCCUGAUUAUAUUCAUAGUUCCGUUUCACAGGUCUUAGUACAGUUUGGUUUAUAAUUUUUUGAUCCAAAUGUCUCGAAUAAAGUUCCUGAGAUUUUUAUAAUUAUUUCUUUAGUUUCGUUGUUUCUGGUAUUGACAUUUUUUCCUGUAAAUUGUUUUUUAUUUGAAUCAUAUUGUGAUCUUACUACUGUCAAUAGUGGAGGGUUGAAGUUUAGUUGCAAUACCUCCUAAUUUAUUCGUCUUUCCACUUCAUCCACUUUAUUUACAUGCAAGUUUUAGCAUCUCCUUUUUCAUAAUUCAUAAAUUCAGCUUCACACAGUUCCAUAGGUUCUAUUAGUUUGAAUUUUAAAUAUUACUGUCGUUUUCUUCAUUAUCUCUUCUCAUUAUUAAUUAUUUUGUUUUAAUUUGAAGAUUUGUGAUUGUCUUAAGAUUUCUUCAGUCUCUGGUUCUUCAUAGAACCACUAAAAUAGAAUGUGUCAUGUUAAUAACAAAUCUUACAACACAGAUACCACUCAGCUGCCAAUAUGUAGAAUGUAAUUUUCCCGGUUACACGAACAUUGGUUUCAAUUACACUUUGAUUAUUUGUACUUUUUUCUGUAACUGCAUUGCAAUUACACGGCUGUCAACUUUUAGAAUGCAAUUCUUCCUGAUUAUAAAAGGAAUUAUUCCAUUUACACUUAGGAUAUUUAGAUUUGUUUUAUUGGCUGUAAUUGUCACUACAAAAUGUCAAAAUUUGAAUUAUUUGACUAUUUGUAUUUCAUCAAGAUAUAAUUUUAAAACUUUUAUAGUGUAGUAGAAAGUUAGAGAGUAGAUAAUUGUAAAUUUGCUCUUAUUUUAAAAAUAAUGUGAUUUUUUCAAAUUUUUUUUAAAUAAACAUGUUUAUUAACAAACAGUAACCCCUAAUGCAAUUAUCGAGUAUCUAAUUAU